ACGCCGGAGCGCGGCCGCGGGGGCCGGGCCGGACCGUGUUACCGGGCUCUCCCCCUGCCCCGGAAGUCCCGCGCUCCCGGAAGUCGCGCUGCCCUCUCGGUCUCUUUCCGCCGCCAUCUUGGACCCCGCUCCCCGCACAAAAUGCCCGGCGAAGCCACAGAAACCGUCCCGGCCACGGAGCAGGAGCUGCCGCAGCCGCAGGCGGAGACAGCUCCAGCUGCCCCCGUUCCUGCUCCCACCCCUGCUCCAGCUGUUCUUCAUGCUGCUCAUUCCCCACCUCUGACUCCAUCUCCAUCCACCCAGGCUCUCCCAGCGCAGCCUCCCAGCGCUGCCACGGCUCUGCCGGGCCCCCCUGGCCCCGUGUCCCCCCCUGUGGUCCCAGCUGCAGCCAUCCCCGUGUUCUCCGUGCCUCCCCAGCCCCCUGCCCCAGCUCUGCUAGCCCCAGUCACCACUGCCCCUCCUGCAGCUCCGCAGGCCCCGGUGGGUUUUGCAGCCCCAGGAUCUCCAGGGCCUGCCCCGGUUAGCCCGGCUUCUCCAGGAUUCCCAGCUCCGGUGUCACCUGGCCUGGCUGCUGCUUCUGCUGCAGUGACAGUGGCCCCUCUUGCCCCUGCAGUGAGCCCCAGUUCUCUCCCAGCUGCUCUCGCCUCUCCCAUGAAAACUGUUCCUGCUGCUGCCUCUGUGGGAGCUGCACCCCUGGCCCCACUCCCUGCCUCUGGAGCAGCCCCAACGCCUUUCCCAGCCUCUGGAGCAGCCCCACCACCUUUCCCAGCCUCUGGAGCAAACCCAGCUCCUCUCCUGCCUCCCCCAUCCCGUCCCCUUCUGGCAUCUCCCCCACCAGUGUCUCCCACUUUGCUGCCUGCUCCCCCUGUGGCAGUGUGUCCCCAGAGUCCGGGGUCACCCGCACUUCCCACAGUCCCAGUGUCUCCUGGAAUUCCUGCUUCCACCCCGCUGGCUUCUGUUCCAGCCUCUCCCCGAGCUCCAGCUCCAGCCCUGGUUGGUGCCAUCUCUCCUCCUGUCUUCCUGGCUGCCCCCAAAGCUCCCUUGUCACCCCCUAUCCCUCUGCUGCCAGCUGGGGUGUCCCCUGGGCAUCCUGCUGCUGCCCCACCAGGCCCAGCCCCUGGUGCCCCAGUCUCACCACUGGUCCCAGUUGCUCCUUCUGUUGCCAGGGCCUGUCCCGUGGGCCCUGCCCCAGUGGUCCCAUCUGUGGGACACCCAGUCCCUCCCUCGGUAGCCAGGACCCCUCCUGGGAGCCCGGCCCCACGGGCUGCACCUGUGGCUGCAGCAGCUCCGGUGGUUCCUGCCCUGUCCACACCUGCACUGGGAGCUGCCAGCUCUGUCCCAGGGCCUCUCACAAGCCCCAUGUUCCCAGCAGCAGCUUCUGUGUCUGCUGUCCCCUCUGCCAGCUGUCCCCCUGUCACACUGGCCAUCCCUCCUGUGGCCAAACCAGCUCCUGGGAGCCCAGUCACUGUCCCAGCUGCCCCCUCUGUCCCUUUCACACCAGCCAUGGCAGCUCCACCCUCUCCUGUGGCCAAACCAGCUCCUGGGAACCUGGUCACUGCCCCAGCUGCCCCCUCUGUCCCUGUCACACCAGCAGUGGCAGCUCCAGCCACCUCUCCUGUGGCCAAACCAGCUCCUGGGAGCCCAGUCACUGCCCCAGCUGCCCCCUCUCCUCCUGUCACACUGCCCAUGGCAGCUCCAGCCACCCCUCCUGUGGCCAAACCAGCUCCUGGGAGCCCAGUCACUGCCCCAGCUGCCCCCUCUCCUCCUGUCACACCAGCAGUAGCAGCUCCACCCUCUCCAGCUGCCCCUCCCUCAGCCAAAGAUGCUCCCAAGGGCUCUGUUGCUGCCACUCCAGUUCUCCCCACCGCAGCUCCAGCCACCCCACCUGCAGCCAAAACUGCUCCCAAGAGCCCUGUUGCUGCUCCCUUGUCCCCUGCCACUGCAACUCCUGCAGCUCCUGCAGCUCCAGCUGCGCCCCCAGCAGCCAAAACACCCCCAAAGAGCCCUGUCAAAGCCACCCCAACUCCAGCAGCCCCUGCUGAGGCCAAAACACCCCCAAAGAGCCCUGUCAAAGCCACCCCAACUCCAGCCACCCCUACUGAAGCCAAGGCACCCCCAAAGAGCCCUGUCAAAGCCACCCCAACUCCAGCAGCCCCUGCUGAGGCCAAAACACCCCCAAAGAGCCCUGUCAAAGCCACCCCAGCUCCAUCUACCCCCACUGAGGACAAAACACCCCCUAAGAGCCCUGUCAAAGCCACCCCAGCUCCAGCAGCCCCUGCUGAGGCCAAGGCACCCCCAAAGAGUCCUGUCAAAGCCACCCCAGCUCCAUCUACCCCCACUGAGGACAAAACACCCCCUAAGAGCCCUGUCAAAGCCACCCCAACUCCAGCCACCCCUACUGAGGCCAAGGCACCCCCAAAGAGUCCUGUCAAAGCCACCCCAACUCCAGCUUCUCCUGGAGCAGCCAAAAAGUCUCCCAAGGGCAGCCCCAUCACUGCCCCAUCUGCUCCUGUGGCUCCAGCACCUUCAGCUGCCCCUGCUGAGGCCAAAGCACCCCCAAAAAGCCCUGUCAAAGCUGCCCCUGCUGAGGCCAAAGCACCCCCAGAAAGCCCCAUUACAGCCACCCCACCUCCAGCAGCCAAAACAGCCCCAAAGAGCCCUGGCAAAGCCACCCCAGCUCCAGCAGCCCCUGCAGAGGCCAAAACACCUCCGGUUCCUGCCCAAGUGCCUUCCAAGGGCCCUGUUACAGCCACCCCAUCUCCUAGUGCCCCCCCAGCAGCCAAAACACCCCCAAAAAGCCCUGUCAAAGGCACCCCAGCUGCCCCUUCUGCAGCCAAAGGACCCUCAAAAAGUCCUGCUGAGGCCAAGGCACCCCCUAAGAGCCCUGUCAAAGCCACCCCACCUCCAUCUACUCCUGCUGAGGCCAAGGCACCCCCAAAGAGCCCUGUCAAAGCCACCCCAGCUCCAGCCACCCCUACUGAAGCCAAGGCACCCCCAAAGAGCCCUGUCAAAGCCACCCCAGCUCCAGCCACCUCCACUGAGGCCAAAACACCCCCAAAGAGCCCUGUCAAAGCCACCCCAGCUCCAUCUACCCCCACUGAGGACAAGGCACCCCCAAAGAGUCCUGUAAAAGCCACUCCCCCUCCAGGCACCCCCACUGCAGCCAAAGGACCCUCAAAAAGCCCUGCUGAGGCCAAGGCACCUCCAAAGAGCCCUGUCAAAGCCACUGCAGCUCCUGCAGCUCCAGCCACAGCUCCUGCUCCGGCCACGGUUGUUUCUGGUGCCCCUCCAAAGCCCCCAACCCCAGCAAAAGCAGACACCGGCCGUCCCGGCUCUGCCCCUGCCAAGAAGCAGCAGCCCCCCACCAAUAACAAGGUGGCCAAGCCGGCCACUUGCCCACCCCAGCCCAAAGCUCCUUCGAAGGCCCCGCUCAGCGCUGAGGAUGAGGACCUGCCGCCUCUGCUCCCCCCCGAGCCGCCCGUGCUGCUGGAGCUCUCUCCACCCGCGGGGGUCCCGGCCCCCCUGGCGCCGCAGCCCAUCCUCAAGAAUGACAAGGGGUCUGGCACAGAGUCCGACAGCGAUGAAUCCGUACCAGAGCUCGAAGAGCAGGACUCCACACAGGCCACGACACAGCAGGCACAGCUCGCGGCAGCAGCCGAAAUAGAUGAAGAACCCGUCAGCAAAGCAAAACAGAGCCGGAGCGAGAAGAAAGCUCGGAAGGCAAUGUCCAAGCUGGGCCUUCGCCAGGUGACAGGAGUCACCAGAGUCACCAUCCGGAAAUCCAAGAACAUCCUCUUUGUCAUCACAAAGCCAGACGUGUACAAGAGCCCGGCGUCAGACACCUACAUCGUCUUCGGCGAGGCCAAGAUCGAAGACCUGUCCCAGCAGGCUCAGCUGGCGGCCGCCGAAAAGUUCAAAGUGCAAGGAGAACCUGUUUCCAACAUCCAGGAAAACACACAGACCCCCACCGUGCAGGAGGAGAGCGAGGAAGAGGAGGUUGACGAAACCGGCGUGGAGGUGAAAGACAUCGAGCUGGUGAUGUCUCAGGCGAACGUGUCGCGAGCAAAGGCCGUGCGAGCCCUCAAGAACAACAGUAACGACAUUGUAAACGCGAUAAUGGAGCUGACGAUGUAGCCGCCGGAGGGAGGAGCCUUUUUUGGUGUUUCAGAGAAGAGUAAAAUACAACUAAAUUUAAAAUUUGUACUAUUUCUAUCGGUUAAUAAAAGUUGUGGCUUAUUGUUGGUGAAA